AGUCAUUUAUGCAGAGCAGGCGCUGCUGCCAUUGCCACUCGCACUCCCCGCGCGCCGCUCGGAGCCGGAGGGAGCGCAGGGAGCGAGCUAGCGAGCGCUCGGAGCCCGGGCCAGCAGAGGGGGCGCCCGGCCGCUGCCUGCACCGCCGCCUCCGCCGCGUUCCGGGGCCCGGGGAGGAGCGAAGGCUAGUCGGAGAGUCGGGAGCCGAGCCGGCGAGACCCAACUGCAGGAGGGCGCCCGCCCCGCUCAGCCGCCUCCUGCGCCGGAGCCGGGGAGCCCCCGCCGAUCGCCCCGCGGGCCGGAGGGCACGGCGCGCAGGUCCCCGCAGCCCCAGGGAUGGUCUAGGAGCCGGCGCCAGGCUCGCCGUUUGCUCCCCGCCGGGGCUCGCCGCCUCCUGCGGAUCGCCCAGGGCUGCGCGCCGCGGCGGCCGGGGGCUGCGCGCCGGGGCGGCCCAGGCCGGAGAAGUUAGUUGUGCGCGCCGCUCGUGCGCGGAGUCAGCGAGCGAGCGAGGGAGGCAGCGAGGCGCCGGGGCCAUGGGCUGGGGGAGCCGCUGCUGCUGCCCGGGACGCCUGGACCUGCUGUGCGUGCUGGCGCUGCUCGGGGGCUGCCUGCUCCCCGUGUGCCGGACGCGCGUCUACACCAACCACUGGGCAGUCAAAAUCGCCGGCGGCUUCCCGGAGGCCAACCGCAUCGCCAGCAAGUACGGAUUCAUCAACAUGGGACAGAUCGGAGCCCUGAAGGACUACUACCAUUUCUAUCAUAGCAGGACGAUUAAAAGGUCAGUUCUCUCGAGCAGAGGAACCCACAGUUUCAUUUCAAUGGAACCAAAGGUGGAGUGGAUCCAACAGCAAGUGGUAAAAAGACGGACAAAGAGGGAUUAUGACUUCAGCCGUGCCCAGCCGACUUACUUCAAUGAUCCCAAGUGGCCGAGCAUGUGGUAUAUGCACUGCAGCGACAACACGCAUCCCUGCCAAUCAGACAUGAAUAUCGAAGGAGCCUGGAAGAGAGGCUACACGGGAAAGAACAUCGUGGUGACCAUCUUGGACGAUGGCAUCGAGAGAACCCAUCCGGACCUGCUGCAGAACUAUGAUGCCCUGGCGAGUUGUGACGUGAACGGGAAUGAUCUGGACCCAAUGCCUCGUUACGAUGCCAGCAACGAGAACAAGCAUGGGACCCGCUGUGCUGGAGAAGUGGCAGCCGCAGCAAACAACUCUCACUGCACAGUCGGAAUUGCUUUCAAUGCCAAGAUCGGAGGGGUUCGGAUGCUGGAUGGAGAUGUCACAGACAUGGUUGAAGCGAAAUCGGUUAGCUUCAAUCCCCAGCACGUGCAUAUCUACAGUGCCAGCUGGGGCCCGGAUGAUGAUGGCAAGACCGUGGACGGACCGGCUCCACUCACCCGGCAAGCCUUUGAAAACGGCGUUAGAAUGGGGCGGAGAGGCCUCGGCUCUGUUUUUGUCUGGGCCUCAGGAAAUGGUGGAAGGAGCAAAGACCACUGUUCCUGUGACGGCUACACCAACAGCAUCUACACAAUCUCCAUCAGCAGCACAGCUGAGAGUGGGAAGAAGCCUUGGUACCUGGAAGAGUGUUCGUCCACGUUGGCCACCACCUACAGCAGUGGAGAGUCCUACGAUAAGAAAAUAAUUACCACAGAUCUGAGGCAACGCUGUACAGACAACCACACCGGGACCUCGGCCUCGGCCCCCAUGGCUGCGGGCAUCAUCGCCCUCGCCCUGGAAGCCAAUCCGUUUCUGACCUGGAGAGACGUGCAGCAUGUUAUUGUCAGGACUUCCCGUGCAGGACAUUUGAACGCUAAUGACUGGAAAACCAAUGCUGCGGGUUUUAAGGUGAGCCAUCUCUAUGGAUUUGGACUGAUGGACGCAGAAGCCAUGGUGAUGGAAGCCGAGAAGUGGACCACUGUUCCCCAGCAGCACGUGUGUGUGGAGAGCACAGACCGACAAAUCAAGACAAUUCGCCCCAACAGCGCCGUGCGCUCCAUCUACAAAGCUUCGGGGUGUUCCGAUAACCCCAACCACCACGUCAACUACUUGGAGCACGUAGUUGUGCGCAUAACCAUCACUCACCCGAGGAGGGGAGACCUGGCCAUCUACCUGACCUCGCCCUCGGGAACCAGGUCCCAGCUUUUGGCCAACAGGCUUUUUGAUCAUUCCAUGGAAGGAUUUAAAAACUGGGAGUUCAUGACCAUUCAUUGCUGGGGAGAACGAGCCACCGGUGACUGGAUCCUUGAAGUUUACGAUACUCCCUCCCAGCUGAGGAACUUCAAGACCCCAGGGAAGUUGAAAGAAUGGUCUUUGGUCCUCUAUGGCACCUCCGUGCAGCCCUACUCCCCAACGAACGAGUUUCCUAAGGUAGAACGUGUCCGUUAUACCCGAGUCGAAGACCCCACCGAGGACUAUGGUACGGAGGAUUAUGCAGGUCCCUGCGACCCUGAGUGCAGCGAGGUUGGCUGUGACGGCCCCGGCCCGGACCACUGCAGUGACUGCUUGCAUUACUACUACAAGCUGAAAAACAACACCAGGAUCUGUGUCUCCAGCUGCCCCCCUGGCCACUACCAUGCUGACAAGAAGCGAUGCAGGAAGUGUGCCCCCAACUGUGAGUCCUGCUUUGGGAGCCAUGGUGACCAGUGUCUGUCCUGUAAAUAUGGAUACUUCCUCAACGAAGAAAUCAACAGCUGUGUUACCCACUGCCCCGAUGGCUCAUACCAGGACACCAAGAAAAGUCUUUGCCGGAAAUGCAGUGAGAAUUGCAAGACAUGUACAGAAUUUCACAAUUGCACAGAAUGCAGGGAUGGGUUAAGCCUGCAGGGAUCACAGUGUUCCAUCACCUGUGAAGACGGGCAGUACUUCAAUGGCCAGGACUGUCAGCCGUGUCACCGCUUCUGUGCCACCUGUGCAGGGGCGGGCGCUACCGGGUGUAUUAACUGCACCGAGGGCUACUUCAUGGAGGACGGGAGAUGCGUGCAGGCCUGUAGCACCAGCUAUUACUUGGACCACUCUUCAGAGCACGGAUACAAAUCCUGCAAGAAAUGUGAUGCCAGCUGUCUGACAUGCAAUGGUCCGGGGUUCAAGAACUGUACGAGCUGCCCCAGUGGGUAUCUCUUAGACCUAGGGACGUGUCAGAUGGGAGCCAUCUGCAAGGACGGAGAAUACAUCGAUGAGCACGGCCACUGCCAGAUCUGUGACGCCUCGUGUGCCAAGUGCUGGGGGCCCACUCAGGAAGACUGCACUGGCUGCCCUGUCACAAGGAUUUUUGACAACGGCCACUGCGUUUUCAAAUGUCCCUCAGGGAAAUUUGGAUUUCAGAACCAAUGCCAUUUGUGCCAUUACACCUGCCAAGAAUGCCAAGGAAAUGAGCCUUCCAACUGCACUUCCUGUGGAGCAGAUAAGCAUGGCCAGGAGCGCUUCCUGUAUCAGGGGGAGUGUUGGGAGAGCUGCCCAGCAGGCUACUACCCUGCUGAGGGGCACACCUGCCUGCCCUGCCCUGACAACUGUGAGCUUUGCCACAACGCACACAUCUGUGUACGAUGCACGGGAGGCUACUUCCUAGUGCCCACCAACCAUACCUGCCAGAAGUUGGCGUGUGGACAAGGUGAAGUCCAAGACCCAGACUAUGGAGAGUGUGUGCCUUGUGAAGAAGGAUGCCUGGGAUGCAACUUGGAGGCCCGAGGUGUGGUACUGGGUGAGAAGAUGCUGAAAGGGGUGCAGCGCUUGGGAGGGAAAGGGGAACCCGACAAGCUGAAACCCAGCAAAAAUAAUCAGUCCGCCUUGUCGUUACCUAAGCUGAUGACAGUAAAUGAGCAGAAAGCAAUCUGUCAGCACAUUCACGGUUGGCCUUUACCCAGCACGUGGCCCGCCACACACCGCCUCAGGCAGAGACGAACAGCAGAGAUGCAAGCACUCCUUGGUGAGGUCACAUGGUUUCAGCACCACUGUCAUAAAACGUGUCCCGAGAGGACCUACGGCGAAGGAUCUGAAUGUAAACCGUGUGACACGAACUGCAGCAACUGUGACCAGCAGGCGUGCUACUCGUGUGAAGAGGGCUUCUUUCUCCUGGGCGGCACGUGUGUGCGCAAAUGUGGCCCCGGCUUCUACGGCGACCCAGAGACGGGAGAAUGUGAGCCCUGCCACCGGGCCUGUGAAACCUGCACUGGCUUUGGCCACCAGCAGUGUCGCACGUGCCGAGAAGGACUGCAGCUGCGGCAGGGGACGUGUGUGGGUCCCGCCCAGACCCCAGUGGAAGGCGAAUUCUGGAACGAACCUGCACCCACCGCAAACCCAUCUUUGGAGAAGACCUGGCCACAGAAACGACGGCGGAAGUUUCCAAUCAAAAGAGACAUUUUGAGAGGACACCAGCCUUGUCAUCCUUCUUGUGAAACCUGCAAUGAAUCGGCGACCCUGUGCACUUCGUGUCCGAAAGGCACGUAUCUGUUGGCCCAGGCCUGUGUCUCCUCGUGUCCCGAAGGCACAUGGCCCUCGGUGACGAGUGGCAGCUGCGAGAACUGUCCGGAAGACUGUGCCUCCUGCUCUGGAGCCAAUCUUUGCGGAAAGUGCCGGACUCGGCCAGACUUCCCUCUCUUCCUCCAUGAAGGCAGGUGCUACACCAGAUGUCCUGAGGGCUUCUACGCAGAAGACAGCACAUGUAGGCGCUGCAGCGCCCCCUGCAGAACAUGUGAAGGAAAUGCCACCAGCUGCCGUUCUUGCCAAGGAGGCUUCGUCUUGGACCAGGGAGCAUGCCGGGAAACCUGCCCCGAGAGGCACGUGGCCAUGGACGGGGUGUGCAAGCCUUGCCCCAAGAUGUGUCAGGACUGCAUCCAUGAGCAAACAUGCAAAGAGUGUAUGCCUGAGUCUGUCCUGCACAAGGACAUGUGCCAUCAGUCCUGUCCCCGCGGCUACUACGCAGACAGACGCCAGUGUGUCCCCUGCCACGAAGACUGUCUGGAGUGUGAUGGCCCCUCAGCGGAUGACUGUGACCUCUGUGCUGAGUCAUCCUCGGUUCUCUAUGAUGGACGCUGCUUGGAGGAGUGUCCGGCAGGGACUUACUAUGAGAAAGAGACCAAGGAGUGCAGAGAGUGUCACAAGUCUUGCCGGACCUGCUCGUCGCCUGGGACCUGCACCACCUGUCGGGAAGGCCUGGGGUUGGCCAGCCACGGACGCUGUGUGCCUCACAAGGAAUGUGCCCCCGUUGAGUACUGGGAUGAGGCUCUGGGAUGCAAGCCCUGUCAUGCUAAGUGUUUCCGCUGCACCGGGCCCGCAGAGGACCAGUGUCGCACCUGCCUGAGGGACAGCCUUCUUCUCAAUACGACCUGCGUGCAGGACUGCCCCGAGGGCUACUACGCUGAUGAGGACAGCCACCAAUGUGCGCCCUGCCACAGCUCUUGUAGGACGUGUGAAGGGAGACGCAGCACGCAGUGCCUCUCCUGCCAACCAAGCUCGUUCCAGCUGCAAAAGGAGUGCCUGCCCCAGUGCAGGCAAGGAUACUACGCAGAAGAAGCCACCGGACGGUGUGAGAGGUGCAGCAGGAGUUGCAAGGCGUGCCGGGGCCCACGGCCCACCGACUGCCUGUCUUGCGAUACGUUUUUCUUCCUGCUCCGCUCCAAGGGAGAGUGUCAUCGCACCUGCCCAGAGCAUUACUACGCGGAUCAAAACACACGGACGUGUGAGAGAUGCCACCCAACUUGCAGCAAAUGCAGAGGAAAAGGACCGUUGAACUGUUUAUCUUGUGUGUGGAGUUACCACCUAGCGGGAGGAAUCUGCACCUCAGACUGUCUGGUGGGAGAAUACAGAGUGAAAGAGGGGGAGAAGUUUAACUGUGAAAAAUGCCACGAAAGCUGCGUGGAAUGCAAGGGACCCGGCACCAAGAACUGCACUGUGUGCCCCGCCGACCUGGUGCUGCUUAUGGAUGACAGUCGUUGUCUACACUGCUGCAAUACUUCUGACCCCUCCGAUGCCCAGGAGUGCUGUGACUGCCGGGACACCACAGACGAGUGUAUCCUUCAAGCAAGUGAAAUUGGGCCUGCAGGCGAGCGGACCAAGACAGCUCUGUUCAUCACCUCCUCCAUUAUGCUGGUGCUUCUGCUCGGGGCGGCGGUGAUUGUCUGGAAGAAAUCACGGGGCCGAGCCCAGCCAGUAGCAAAAGCCGGCUAUGAGAAGCUGGCCGACCCUGGCAAGUCAUAUGUUUCCUAUAAGAGCAGCCAUCUUGAAAGCACCAGCUUUGAAGAAGAUCAGGUCAUUGAGUACAGGGACCAGGACUAUGAUGAGGAGGAGGAUGAUGACAUCGUCUACAUGGGCCAAGAUGGCACCAUCUACCGGAAAUUUAAGUAUGGGCUGCUGGAUGAUGAUGAGGAUGAGCUGGAAUACGACGAUGAGAGUUACUCCUUCCAGUAGACAGAGCCCUCCCCCACCUUCGACCCGCCCCAUCCUGUCCCAGGCAUUACAGUUUUGGGGUUUUAGUCCCACACACCAGGCUGAUGUGUGGGUGUUUGUGUCCUCUUAACCCUGAGUCCAGCUAGAGCUAGUAAGAAAUGCUGAAUGAUUGGUUCUUCUUUGGGGUGACUACAUUCAAUCGACCGUAACUGGGGAACAAGGAUAAAAUUCAGAGGGAUUUUCCUCAAAAUAAUAUGUCAAAAUACAGAAGUGAAAAAAAAAAGUGAGAUUUGUACAAACUGUUUCAUGGGAUUGAAAAAAAAAAAGCGGUGGGCCUAUAGGAAUUCUGUUUCUCAGCGAUAUUGCGGGGAUAUUUGCUGCCUUCUGGAAUUCUGAUAUUUCUGUAAAUGAUUUUGGGGGGACAGGGAGAGGAAAGAGAUUCUUGUUUGUCUUCGGGGAUUUUUCUCCCCUGUGAGCUAUCUGUAGGCAGAGGUUGGCUCUGUAAGGGCCAGCUAAAGAGGGCUCACCACCUCAUGCCACUUAUCACCCUGUUCCUCCCCAAAGAAAGAGUUGGAAUGGAUUCUAACAUGGAAAAAUCCCAACGUCCUGCUCACCAGCGUAACAACCCAGUUGCCCACCAGCCUUCCAAAGCUCUCUACCUCUGGGAUCUGUUUUUAGACGUCCUAGGCUUCCCUUGGUCCACUCUCCUGUCCCAUACACGCUUGGAUUUGUGCACGAGGCACAGUUUUCUACAAAUAGCAAUCCAGAGGGAAGGGCUCUUACUGGGUGAAAUUACAUAGGCCGGGUUUUGCGGAUUUCCUUGUCAAAGCAGAAAUUACAGGCAAUGUUAGGAGGGGAUCGCAAGAAAAUGACGUUUUCGGAUGAUAAUGCUACUCAGAAAAAAAUUUAUUGCACACCUACUAUGCGCUAGGUACUGAGCUAAAUAAUGCCUUUCAG